AUGGCCUCAGCAAGGAAUGGUCAAGGCUACAUUCAGGCGUAUCCGGACCCUCGAGGACGAGGCAAGAUCAGCAUCGAAUCGCUCCUCUUGACGCAAGCUGGAGGCACUGGCAGCACGCAGCAGCGACUGACAUCGGACUGGAUCAUACCACUCGCCGUGCUCGGCGGCUUGUCAGCCUUGUCGCUUUACGUCGUACGAGAUUACUUGCUACGACAUGGCGUUUCCCCCGUACUGGUCGUCUCGAUCUUGCUCGUCUGGUCAGGCGUCGUCACCUUGCUCUCUGAGAUGGCAACACCCUCUCUGACCAAAAGUCCAAAACCGACUAGCUCUGCUCGCCUGAGCAAAGACAAGCGCAGCAAAGCUGGUGCAACGCGGAUGCCCGGCACAAUUCUGCUGCUCAUGGUGUGCACUACAUUUGAGUCUGUUGGACUCGUUGGCGCGUUGUACCAGCUUGGCGUUCCAAGAGUCACAAUGCUCGUCACGAUGGCACAUGCAUGGGCACCCAGCUUAUACGCAAGAAGCGAGUCGAACGACGAAGCCGAGACGAGCAACCGGCGUCUGGCACGCUUGCUGCUAAGUGCGCUUCUCCUCAUCGCAACAGUCAUAGAUUACAGCGCAAGCGCGCGCAACUCAUCUGUCUAUGGCGUCUUCUACGGUUACGGCUUCAUCACACUCCAUCUGGUUGCUAUCGGCCAACGACGCGACAGUGUCAAGGCUGCAAGUGAGCUUCAAGGCAGCGAUAUGGCAGAAGCACGUCGAGCUCGUGCACUAGCCACUUGUCUGGUCGGCUUGCUCGCUCUUCCCAUCGCAGUCACGACUUACAUCAUCAGCUCGCAAGGUCGACUUGCCUCGCCUGACAUGCCGACAAUUGGGACCUGCCUCGCUCUCACAGCUCCACUAGCGCUGACGACAGCUGCUCUUGCGCCUUUGCUUCACGAUGCCAUAUCUGCUCAUUUGCCGACACAGCCCCAAUUUCGGACGGCCUGGCCUCUCGCAGUCGGCUCGACUCUCGCCGUGGGAUGGCUAGGCUUUCGUUCCAGCGACAUCGUGCCGGUACCCGACUCGCUCGUCGCUGUCUCCGCGUGGUACGUGCUAGGCAUGCUUGUCAGCCUCGAUCCGCAGAGCAUGGCCGUCUUGACUUCCAACGGCGCUGCGAGCUUUGCAUCAGCAAAAGACAAGCAGGAUGACGCUGCCGCCGCUGCUACGAGCGUCGAGACUCUCGUAACGUUCUGGAGGCGGCUACGCGCGACAGUCAAGACCAUCCUCGCAAAUCCUGACUCGCGGAAGAUUUACUUCUUCCUUUGUCUGAAUCUGGCGUACAUGGCCGUUCAGAUGCUCUGGGGAAUCUGGACAAACUCUCUUGGUCUCAUCUCGGAUUCGAUCCACAUGUUCUUUGACUGUGCUGCACUUGCGAUGGGCUUGUUCGCCUCCGUUAUGGCAACUUGGGAGCCGAAUUCGACAUUCACCUACGGUUAUGGGCGCGUAGAGACGCUUUCUGGCUUUGCGAAUGGCAUCUUCCUCUUGCUCAUUUCGAUAUUCAUCAUCUUCGAAGCGAUUCAACGAUUGAUCGACCCGCCGGAGAUGAAUACGCAUCAGUUACUGGCAGUAAGCUUCAUUGGGCUACUUGUCAAUCUCGUCGGCAUGUUUGCGACAGGACAUCAUCACGGCGGACAUGGUCACUCGCACGGUGGCGGUCAUUCGCAUGCUCCCACGCCCGUCAAGCCUGUUCACGACCAUUCGCAUGACCAUGCGCAUGGACACGAUGAUGAUGAUCACGAUGACGAUCAUGACGACCAUGCUCAAGCGCAUGGCCAUAGCCAUAACAUGCAUGGCGUCUUCCUCCAUGUCAUGGCAGAUACCCUUGGCAGCGUUGGUGUGAUCAUCUCGACUCUGCUCAUCAAUCGCUAUCAGUGGACUGGCUUCGAUCCGAUAGCUUCCAUCUUCAUUGCCGUGCUCAUCUUCGCCAGCGUUGUGCCACUCGUCACGGACAGCGCGAGGGUCCUCUGUCUCGAUAUGGGCGACGAUCGAGAAGCAGAAGUCCGAAAAGCGCUAGCAGAAUUACAUUCUGUGGAGGGCCUUCGCGGCUUCGCUUCGCCACGCUUCUGGCCAAAGGAUAGCUCUACCAUCGUCGGAUCUAUUCACGUCCAGCUCGCUCUGUCUUCGUCCGCCUUUGACCCGACAAAGUCGUCCUCAGGCGUACCAGGCACGCAGCACUACGCGAAUCCCGAGCGGGUGAUACAGCGUGUCGAGCGUGUUCUCAAACGAGGCAUCAGCGGCCUUGCAAGCCUGACUGUUCAGGUUGAGCCCUCAACAGGCUUGCGGCAAUGUCAUUGUUUGACCGGAGACGGCACCUAG